CUGGGCGAAUGGAGGAGGGGGCUGCUCUGUAGGGGUGGCGGGUUUUUAUGGAAUCGACCUGGCAAAAGGGGGCGACCCCGUGCUCGGCUUGGAUCCGGAAGGCUCAGGAACGGAACCUCGAAGACACUUCAGCGCCGGGCGACGGUCAGUGAGCCCAAAGCCUGCGCCCUGCGUGGCCCCAGGCACCGCGCUCCGGGCGCGCAGGCUUUUCUCGGUUCCGCAAAAGCGCGCGCACAGAUGGCGAAGGCCCGCGGAGGACCCGCUCCCCACGCACCCAGCCCUAUGUAUGGAUGUCUGGUGGCCCAAACCCAUAAACUUUCUGUUACUUAACCGAGCUGGGUUAGUGAGCGCACGGCCGGUUGUGUGGUCUCCAGCGCCCACCGAGAAGACCACCUGCUGACACUGCGGCGGGGAAAGCGGCGCUGCACCCCCACCCCGCUCCAGCCUGCCGGUGGCCGCGGUGAGGUUCGCCACCCUCCUGCCACAUUGAUACCGUCAGCCUGGAGAAUGUGGAGAACCGCCGGAAGAGGGGUUAUGUAGCCCGAAUGGGAAUCAAGACGAUAAGGAAGGGGUAUAUUCCGGAACCGUGCUUACUGUGUUAUUGCAAUGGCACUUGGAAGGAUCUCUGAACUGCCGGUAUGUUGGGAAAGCGCAAAGGACUGAGCGUCUGCAACCUUGGGUUCCGGGGACUCUGUCCUGAAAGGCUGAAUAGCAGCAGUGAGGUCUGGGCAAGUCAAGAAACCUUGUUUGUGUCAGAAGCAGCAGGGUGAUCCCUGCCCUACCUCACUGGACGGUAACUGGAGGAAGAGUAGGGUUUUGAAAAGCAGAAGUGUGGUUUCUAUAAAUUAAGGUAUCACCACAUUGCUGCGCACACCUCCCUCCUGGCCGCCAGCAGAACCUCGUUUGGAGCAGAGGUAAGCUCUCUGGACCUCAGCUGGCCUCAUGGUGAGUUCAAGGCCCUAAUCCAGUAGUCCAACGGAGUUCACGCCACCCUGAGCCUGGAAAGAUGGUGUCACAGUCUAUGGGCCAGAAGGAUUCUCCUGUGCACCCUUGGGAAGGGGUCAGCAGUGACCCUGGUGACAUUGAGGAUUCGCCCAAUCUCCUGGACACUGACCAGCCUCCUUGCAAAUCAGACGUCAGGUUCAUGAGGCACAGAGCUGCCUGGAUUAACCCCCAGUGUGCGCAGCAGCAGCUACAGGAUUUGCCCCCUCAGGUGCCGACAGCGGGGAACGGUGGGAACCACUUUGGAAGGGAUACCGCCUGUUCCCCGGGCCCUUCACCGUCGUCCCUUGGGGACUCCAUGGUGGAGACAUCACUGUCCAAGGAUACUGCAGACUCUGCCUGGGGCUCCGGUGACAAGAGCAGCGACUUCUCUUUUACCUCCAAGGGAGAGCAGGCAGUGCGCCCAGGAAAGUCUCCUCAGAUGCCUGUGUUCACAAGCUCCAAGAUUUCUGCUGCCUCCUCGUGUCCGGAAGCUGACAGCGCUUUUUUGAAGCCUUCCCAUCUGACAGCUUCUGCUGAUGAAGGUGCUGUUCCAGUUGGUAGAAGAACCACUUCGUUGAAUUCCUUCUCGCCAGAAGCAUUCUUGCUCCCUGUCGAUGUAGAAAAGGAAAAUGCCCACUUUUACGUAGCGGAUAUGAUGAUAGCAGCCAUGGAGGAAAUAAAGUGUACCAUCCUCGGUCAACAGCACACACAGAACUGGAGCGUAGAAGAAGCCAGUGCGUCGCUCGGGAAUGAUCAGGCGGACCCCGAAAUGGCCUUUUAUACGAGCAUAAAGCAGGAAUCUGGGUCUUCUGAUUCUUCUGACAGUGGCUACGAAGGCUGUGCUGUGUUACAGGGCAGCCCAGUGGCUGGGACCCCCACUUACUGUGAUGUGCUCAAAGAAGCCUGUAAAUGUGACUUCGAUGACUUUGUUGUCGUAGAAGUUGGUGAGUUUAACAAUAUCACGGAAACCUGUGGAUGCCCCUGCAACUCCUCUAUGAGUGUCACUUAUGAGCCAAACUUCAAUUCUGCUGAGCGAAUAGCCAAAGAGUUGUACCGAGUAUUCCGGAAGUGCUGGGUGUUGUCCGAAGGUAAUCAUCAGCUGGCAGGUUCUCCGAAUGCAGCUGGCUCGAUCGUUGUGAAUGAAGAGCGUGUCCGAAAAGACUUUGAAUCCAGCGUGGAUGUAGUUCAGGAAAUUAAAUUUAAGUCGAGGAUCAGAGGGGCUGAAGACUGGACGCCCCCUAGAUUUCAAAUCAUAUUCAGUGUUCACCCACCACUCAAGAGGGAUCUCGUGGUAGCAGCCCAGAAUUUUUUAUGUGCUGGCUGUGGAACUCCAAUAGAACCUAAGUUUGUGAAGCGGCUGCGGUACUGCGAAUACCUGGGGAAGUACUUCUGUGACUGCUGUCACUCCUACGCGGAGACCUGCAUCCCUGCCCGGAUCCUCACCUUGUGGGACUUCAGGAAGUACUACGUCAGCAAUUUCUCCAAACGGCUGCUGGACGGCCUGUGGCACCAGCCGGUUUUCAAUUUGCUGAGCGUUGGCCACAGCCUGUAUGCCAAGGCCAAGGAGCUAGACAGAGUGAGGGAAACCCGGGAGCAACUUUUUCAUAUCAAGAAGCUGUUGAGGACCUGCCGGUUUGCUGAAAGCACGUUAAAGGAGUUUGAGCAGGUGCCGAGGCACUUGACUAAUGAGCUCCACCUGUUCUCCCUGGACGAUCUGGUCAGGGUCAAGAAAAAGCUGCUGGUGCCCUUGCUCAAGGACAUUCUAAAAGCUUCCCUCGCACAUGUGGCUGGCUGUGAGCUGUGUCAAGGAAAGGGCUUCAUUUGUGAAUUUUGUCAGAGUGCCGCGGUCAUCUUCCCAUUUCAGACCGAAACGUGUAGAAGAUGUUCAGGAAGUCCCGUGAUCUUUAAACCGUUUCAUGGGAGCAAUCUGGCAAUGCAUUCUGCCUUUACCCUUGGGUGUAGAGCCUGCUUUCACAAGCGGUGUUUCCAGUCGUCUGGGUGCCCCGGUGUGCGAGGAUCACAGCUAGGAGAAGACUUUUGGAAAGUUUACCCUCUGCGGCAUCAUGAUGCCCCGAGCAUUGUGAAAAAGACUCUUCAGUAUGCCUCGUAACACCAAUUUGUGUCUAUUAUCGAUAACGUUGUUUUAGAUUUUGAGUAUUGUAUAUUAAGAAGGGCCGAUAUUACAUAUAUUUAAUGUUUUCAAAAGAAUGUGGAUUGUUUGUUAUUAAGCAUUAACUUGUUACUGGUGGUUUUGUUUACACACGUUCAGUGUUUUUGCUGCUACUGUUUUUUUUAAAGAGUUUUUCGGAUACUUCCUAAAUUGUAUUUGAGUGGUUGUGUAUACCUAAUAUCGGAUCCUAUUUUUUUUUUUAUGAAUUAUCACUGACAAGACAGAUGACUCCUUUCCUCUUCCUGUAAAGCUUGUCUUGUGAAAUGGAUUGGUACUUCCAAUGAACAAAAGCACGACCCACAAUCUAUUUGCUCGGAAGUUUUUUCCGCCUUAAAUGCCAUUUUGUAAUUGUAUCAGUGUUACAAACUUGGCUUGUUCCAGGGUUCAUAUGGAGAGUGUACGUUGUUUCUGCAUUUACAUCUAUUUCGAGAUGAGCUUGAGUUGCUUAGCCGUGCCCGGAGGCCCUGCUUGACGCAGUCACCUCUACAUGGCGCUCUCAGAAAUGCACACCUUUGUUAUCUCUCUUCCCCGCACCAAGUCAAGGGAGGCAUGGAUGAGUAGAACUUCACACCUGCCCUUUAGGAUGUAGUCUCAUACAUAUAACACUGAACAUAAAGUGUUUGCAGAAAAUACUGUAAUAACAUUAAAAUACUAGUAAUUACUAGUAAAAUACUAGUAAUAACAUUAAAAUCACAGACAUCACCUUAA